AUGGCGAAUGAAAUACCUACCAAAGGGAUCCUCAAGACCGAAGCUCUGAAACAUUACAUCUUGGAAACGUCAGCGUAUCCAAGAGAGCAUGGGCUGCUUAAGGAACUUCGUAAAGCCACAGUCCAGAAAUAUGGCAAUUUAAGCGAGAUGGAAGUUCCGGUUGCUGAGGGCCUUCUUCUAUCGAUGCUUAUAAAGAUCGCCAAAAGAACACACUCGAGCUCGGUGUUUUCAUCGGCAGGUGUUGAUCACAAGAUCAAUUUCAUCCACUCCGAUGGUAUUAAGGCCUUAGACCAAUUGGUGAAAGACAAAAAGGAGUUUGAUUUCGCAUUUGCGGAUGCUGACAAGUCGAACUACGUCAACUUCCAUGAGAGGCUUCUGAAAUUGGUGAAGGUUGGAGGAAUCAUUGCGUUUGACAACACCUUGUGGUUUGGUUUCGUGGCUGAGGACGAACGGGGAGUUCCUGAGCAUAUGAGAGAAUAUAGAAAGGCUCUUAUAGAGUUCAAUAAGAAACUGGCUUUGGAUACACGAGUUGAGGUCUCUCAGAUUUCUAUUGGAGAUGGUUUCACGCUCUGUAGACGCCUUGUAUGA